AUGAAUCAUUGGAUUACUUCGUCUCGUUGUAAUUCACCGUUUAUGCCAAUUUCAAACAAUAAGGAUUGUGUAGAUGCUCUUUGUGUUCUCUCUGUAUCAUGUAGCAUCUGUCAACGUAGUUUUACAGCAGUUCCAUCGUUGGAAAUAGAAGCUGAUCAUCCUGGUCAGAAGAGAAAACAUCCGUCAAACAGAGAAAAUACCUACAGGUCACCAACUUCUUGGGCAAAAGAUUUUGGUCAUUUUUGUAUUCGUCAUGCCUUUGAACAUAUAAAUCAGGGUAGAUUUCCUUUGUGUAGCUUGAAAAUACGGAUUAUAAGUGUACCGAAAUCUGUUAACUGUCUUCCUCCCAUCACUAGUACAAAUAAUUCAAGCAGAUUGCAUUUUAACCUCAGCGAAUGUAAACGUCUUAUUUCAUAUCUUGAAAAUCAUGAAUGGAAUUCCUAUUUACUUAAACAGGCUCAGAAAAGCUUUAGAGAUUUAUUUUUCGACGCUGUUUCCUAUGUCUCAUAA